AUGUCUUACAUUGAAGUUUUUAGUUUAUUAUUUCUUGUUGCAUUUAUAUUUAAUUUAAUUAAGAGACCUCGGAUUGGCGCGAAUGAGCCACCAUUGGUACCAUAUCGAUAUCCAAUUAUUGGACACACAUAUGAAUAUAUGUUUGAUACAGAAGAUUUUCUUCAGAAGUGUAGGGAACAGUAUGGUGAUCCAUUUAGUUUAUACGUCCUUGGGAGUGUAAAAACCUUUACAGGAGCUGAGACCUCUCAUGAAGUCCUAAAGAAUUCUGACAUUUUUAAUUUCGGUGAGGCUGUAGCAAGGGCAUUUCCUUUUAGGGAUAUUAUAAGUCGAUUCAAGGAUCUCGAUAUAGAAUAUACGGCUCGAGUGGUUCAUGAACAUGUCAGCAAUAAAGUUAAUACUUACACACCAAGAAUGCAAAAAGAACUUUUAUCAGGAAUUGAACAAUAUUUUGGCGACUGUAAAGAACCAAAGGUUUUCAGAAAUAUUCAAAAUACAUUGGCACCACUAAUCGCAAAACCUGUUACUAAUGUUAUUGUUUGCGAAGAAGCUGCUCAAAUCGAUGAACUUUUAAACUCAUUUACAAUAGUAGAACGUGAAUUUGAUAAAAUUAUGGUUAUUCCUCCAAUUUUAUCGUUCAUUCAUUAUUCUCUCCACACAAAUUUAAUUGCGUUACCAUUAAAAUUCGGAUGGAAUCCAAUUACUAAACAUAGAGAUAUUUUUGUUAAACACUGUAAACCAAUGGUUGAAGAACGCCUCCGUCAAAGAAAAGAGCUUGGUGAAAAAUAUGUUCAAAAAGAUGAUUUGCUUGAUUUCUUUAUAACUGAUCAACUAAAUAAAGAAGAUAUCGUAGUUGAUGAUAAAUAUAUGGAUGAGUUAUUUGGACAAAUAAUAGCGAUAGUUUUUGCUUCGAUUAGUACAACAACAAAAUUUCUUUCAUUUGCCCUUUUUGAUUAUGGUGCAAGACCUGAAUUAUGGGAUGAAAUUUACGAAGAACAAUUAAAGAUUCAUAAUGAAACAAAUGGUAUUUUAAGCCUUGAAGAUGUUCAUAAAAUGGUCAAAUUGGACUGUUUCUUAAGAGAAUCUUUCAGACAUUCUUCAGAUAUAGAUCGUGAAGUUUUGGUAUAUAUAAAAGAUUCGGUUUUCAAUGAUAAAUUCUUUGGAGAAACUGCAAAUGAAUUCCAACCAAAACGACAUAUAAUAUUACAUGCUAAUGGUAAAAUUGUUCAUUCACAAGCUACAAAAGUUGAUAGAUCUAAUUUAACAUUUGGAGGUGGUAAACGUGCAUGCCCUGGUAGAUUUUUUGCUGUUAAUGAGAUUAAGAUGUGUUUACAUAAAUUAAUUUUAAGAUAUAAGAUUAGAACUGAAAGUGGUAAAAUUGAUCCUCUUAAAAGAUUAGCUACUCAUUCUUUUCCACCUACUACUGGUUUAAUUUUGGAAAAUCGUAAUUAG